UUCCCAUUGACCCAGUUCCCCCGUGAUUGCAUGUUUUUUUCAGCCCUCUAUGGGCGGCACAUUAUGUACGAGUAGAACUAGAUCUAGGUGUUGUUCUUUCUUGUUGUUUCCCGUUCUCAAAGCCUGAGCCGUGCAUAGUUCUGGGAAUAAAUCUCUCAACGCUUCCACGUGUAUGUUUUCCCUUCACCACUCGCGAGACGCCGGCAGGAAUUUUGUCGUAGUUUGUUACGACCCACUCUUGUUAUGAAGAUGACCUAAUUGCCUAUAGAGAAGCGAGGGAAUUUCCUUUCAGGGGAGCUUGCUUCAGUGAAUUUCAAAGGAUUGAAAUGUGUCGCAAGACAUGUAGUUUUUGUGCGGAAGACGUGACACAUAUUACAGGAUGAAAGUUACAGUUCAAAUAGGGACUAGGUAAUGCAAUCUUUGCUUUCGUCCACCCCUACGAGAUUUAAGUGUACCUCACCUGUAAAUGUGUACACAGACGAAGAAAUCGUAACGUCAAGCCACACCCACCCUGGAGUGUUGUGAAUAGUUUGCUAUUUGAGGUAAACCCCGGUGAUGUACAGAUAACAAGCGUUCGGCUAUUUCUGUGGUGUCGUGAUUCUGUUCCAUCUUCUUGACGAGAGGUCUGCUUCUUUUUGCGUGCGGAAAGCUGCCGGGGAGUUAUCCUCAUCCCAAGAACACACUGUAUAUACGCCUAGAUUGUGCAAUUAGUGUAUAGUGUUUCUAGUGUAGGACAGGUCGAACGUUUCAAGUUGUUGAGUGACUUAUUCCACAUGUUGACUAAUCGGGAUCCGACGAUGCCAUUCCGUGGAUAAUGCCUUUUUCAUCUGAGCAGGGAGGAGUAGAUGACAAAGAUAUAACUUGAAGUUCCAUGCCAAGCACGGACAAUCCAAGUUCGUCCCGGGGCCAGAAUUAUAAAAACGUGACUCGUCAACAUUGCCUUCGUCUUUCCGAGCCUUCAAUAUGUCAGGUGGUGUUAGUCGAAAACUCUCCCUAGUGAAGACUGGGACUAAAGUCGCCAGUCUCAAAUCCUCGAGCUCAAAGGCCAGUCAUCAAACGGAUCACAUGACAUUAGUGGACAUUGACACUGACCUACGAAGGCCUGGUCAAAAUGGUGCAAUCACAGAGACCAACAAGAGAGCCAGCAAAGUCAGUCCUUUGAAAGAAAACAGCAAUGAACUUCGGAAACCUCAAAGGCUUUGGCUCAGGAAAGUCGACUUUGCUCAACGUGCUGACAAUGAGAAACACAAAGGACUAUGUCACGAAAGGCGAGGUUUACCUCAACGGCGUGCCUAUUACUGAUGGCAUGAGGAAUGUGUCAGCUUACGUACAGCAGAGUGAUUUGUUCAUCCACACCCUCACUGUGCGCGAGCAGCUGCAGUUCAGGGCUUUGCUUCGCAUGGACAAAACGCUGGGUAAGAAGGCUCGUCUUGCUCGUGUAGAGGAGGUCAUGCAAGAGAUGGGACUUACUGGAUGCGCAGACUCCCGAAUUGGAGCAGCUAGUGGCUCCAGGAAAGGUAUCUCUGGUGGUGAGAGGAAGCGGCUGUCCUUUGCUUCUGAAGCGUUGACCAACCCACCCAUCUUCUUCUGUGAUGAGCCAACGUCAAGCUUGGACACUUUCAUGGCGCAGAGCAUUGUGCAUACUCUUCAAAAAAUGGCCUCAAAAGGACGAGCAGUUCUGUGCACCAUUCACCAACCGUCCUCAGAAUUAUUUGCUUUGUUUAACCAGGUCCUCUUGUUGUCUGAAGGUAGAGUGGCUUUUAUGGGGUCAUCCCAGGACGCCAUCGAUUUUUUCACAAGACUUAACUAUCCGUGCCCACGCAACUUCAACCCCGCAGACCACUACAUCUUGACUUUGGCCAUCGUCCCGGGCAAGGAAGAGGAGUGUCGGAAAAAUACAAAUGCAAUCUGUGACAGUUUCUUAGAGAGUACCCAGGCAAGUCACAUCGAUUCAGAGAUCGACAUUCGGAUCCGUGAGUCAGAAUUGGCAGACGCUGUUCUGUUACAGGAGAUCACCGGUGAAUCAAGAUAUACCUCCUCGUAUUUCGUGCAACUGACCAACUUAUUCUGGCGAAGCUGGACAUCCCAGUUCCGUGACCAUAUGCUCUUCUGGGUGCGGAUCGUUCAGUCAGUGGCAAUUGCACUUGUGUUGGGGCUGGUAUACCUCCAGUUGGAAGUUGAUCAGAAAGGAGUUCAGAACAUAAACGGCGGUGUCUUCCUCUUGAUCGUGAACAUUUCUUUUACGAACCUCUUUGCUGUGCUCACAUCCUUUCCUGAAGAAAUGGGCAUCGUCAUGAGAGAAUUGGGAACUGGACUGUACAGAAUAGACAUCUACUACAUUACGAAGGCCUUCUCAGAGUUGCCGUUGUUUGCCGCCGUUACAGUAAUGUUCGCCACAGUGACCUAUUGGAUGAUGGGCCUCAAGGAAACUACAGACGGGUUCAUGAUCUGUUGCGGGGUUUUAAUCCUGGUGGCCAUUACCUCGGUGGGUCUAGGGUACGUCAUAUCUGUGAUUGCCGGGGACACCACCAUCGCCUUGUCAAUAGCGUCCCCUGUCCUCGUGCCAUUCCUUUUGUUUGGUGGUCUGUUCUUGAACGCGGACGAUACACCGGUCUACUUUAUUUGGCUGGAAAAGAUGUCAUGGUUCAAGUAUGCCAAUGAAAUAAUGCUUGUGAGCCAAUGGGAGAGCAAGUCACACAUAGCGUGCGAGAAUAGGAACGCCACCAUCUUUCCCAACAUGACCAUGGAGGAGAUCUGUCGAGUCCGUGCAUGCCAGUUCAACACUGGGGCUGAAGUUCUGGCUUACAACAGCAUGGAUCCUCACGACGUUGACUUGAACUACGGGUGCCUGUGUGCAAUCAUGAUCGGUUUUUACAUCGUUGGAUUCAUCGCCCUCGCUAUACGCGCAAGACGCUCCCAGGAAUAGACGUAAGACAUAAUGUCUAGGUUGACGUAUCUGACAUGUUUCUGUCUGCGCGUGCUGGUGAUGGAGAACGAGAACUUUGCUCUCAGAUGCAAAUCGCCAGAAGAGCAAUCACCUCCUCUUAUUGUUCUCAACAUGUGGGGACGCCACUGAUGUCCGGAGUCUUGGUGAUCUCACGGAGUCAGCCAGGUGCCAGUGUUUAGAAUGUGGAUGUAUCCAGGUGACCUUAUGGGUGUAAGGUAGCAGGAACAUGGUGUUCGUGAUGGACUGGAAGUUUUAAGUGUAGAAUGAGUACGAAGCGUCCAGCUGAUCGAGUUUUCCUGUUAUGUGCAUGGGACAUUGAUCCAACAAACUAAGCUAUUUGUUUUCCAGUGUAUUGCCCGUCUAUAUGUACUGUCAAACCUGUCUGACUCUCCUUUUGAGUUACAAAAAGCGAUUCACACGGGAAAAGGAGCCAGACAGAUAGACAGACGGAGGUGCCUAUGGUCUUUCUGCAAAGAUUCAGAUUUUGAUGGGUCGUGUGUGUGCUUGUGUGUGUAUAUGUGUAUGUGUGUAUAAGUGCAAGCGCGUGCGUGUGUGUGUAUGUG